AUUUAGGAGCAUCAAUGGAUGCUUUAUUGGUUGGAUGAGAGUGACAGAGCUCCAAUAACAUAUAUGGGAAGGAAGAGAGUUUUCUCUUUUCUAUUGAGGAAUUAAUUAAGCUUAGAGAGAAAAUUAACAAUAAUGGAGAAGACAAUGGCAAAAGUUGGGAGUUUUUGGAUAUCAAAGAAAGCAAAGCAAGAGAUCACCACCAUCACUGCUCAACUCUCAUCAUUCUCCAAUACUAUAGAGGACAAGGCAAAAAUGGUACUUGACAAGAUCAAAGGGAAGCCGCAGAAAUCAUUGCCGGAGCUACUCCGAGAGCACAAUCUUCCGGCGGGAUUAUUCCCAAAGAACAUAAUCUGCUACGAAUUGGAUGAAUCGAAGGGGAAACUGGUGGUGCAUUUGGCGUCGGCGUGCGAGGUAAGCUUCAAGGACUCGUCAAUCGUAAGAUACGCUACUCGCGUAAAGGCGAAGCUGGCGAAAGGGAAAUUGAGUUCCGUUGAAGGAAUGAAGACAAAAAUUGUGGUGUGGACCAAAGUCACCACCGUCUCCGUCGAGAGUUACAAGUCGGAGAAGGUCUGGUUUGUGGCCGGAAUCAAGAAAUCGCGUCCCAAAGACGCUUAUGAAAUGCCUCGUCAAGCUCUUGGAGUUGACGAUUUCUAAAUGCUUAGAGUAACAUUUCAUGGCCUAAAAUAGCUAUGAGGUAUAAGGUAUGUGUUCAAAUCUUAUUAAAAAAAUUAUACAGUUAUACAAAUCACUCGUCUCUUACCAAACUAUAAAUUAUAACCAUAAUUUCUUACGUUACAAAUGAAAUAUCAUUGUAUAUAUAUUUUAUCGACGUUUUUAGAAUCUUUGAUGUGAGAUAUUUACAUAAAGUUUAUCAUUUUUAGGGA